CGACAUACUCGUCACCCAGUUUCUGGGCUAUUCGACGUCGGAAAAUGCUGUCCUCUUCGUUACGCCGGGCUGCAUGGGCUCCUAUUGCUCCCAUCACCGGCAUUGCUCGCUCGUCCAGUCAAGCUCUUCCAGCUUCCUCUAAUACCCUCUUAGGCGCGGCACAGCAUGUGCGUCAGCGCCGUUACUCCUCAUCUUCUUCUUCGAAGCCCAGUGACGGUUCCAGAAAAGUUGACGCUUCUUCUCAGACCCCCACAAAGGGCGUGAAUGCAAGCGAAAAGCGCGAGGGUAAGGCAUCCAGACGAAGGGGAAAAGAUAGCAGUGGCCGCAAUGGUUCCAAGUCGAACCAGCAUAUGGUCUUCUCGAGACUGCCUAGCGUUCCCUCCACCCAACACCUCCAACCCCAUGAUGUUCAUGUAGCUUCAUUCUUUUCUAUCCACCGACCUAUCUCCGUUUCGACCACUGUUCCUCCUCCUUCUAGCCCUGAAGCAUUUGAUGCCAUAUUCACCGCGAAGAAACCCACGAAACAUGAAUCGGACGAUGUGAUUCUCACUCUAUCUUCUACCGUCAACUCUAUGGAGAACCCUGCCUAUCAUCUAGGCGAACAAGAGGGCUCUCUGAACCACUUCGAUAUGGAGGGUAACCAGCUCGACGGAAUGAACAUGGCAGAGCUGAAGGUUUCCGUAGAGGAGCUUACAAGGCGACUUCGUCCAUUCCACCCCCCGCCGCCACCGGUUCCCUUCGAUGAAGCGAAAGAUGCCGGUGCCGUGGAGUCGGAAAACUUCUCUCCCCGCGAAACCAGCUACUCUACCGUUUUGACCAUCCACGAGUCCACACAUGCGGAUGGUCGCAAGACGUACGAAGCUCAUACGGGUCCUUUCGUUCGCACUCCAGAAAUGGACGCUCCUGGCGCCGGUGAGAAUGAAGCCAUCAUCGACGUACCGUCCCAGCCUGGAACCACCUACAUCGAGCGCCUGCGCAAUAACCGUACCAUGCAAGCGAUCAGCACUAAGAGACGGCGUAAGCUGAAGAUGAAGAAGCACAAGUACAAGAAGCUUUUGCGGAAGACGAGAACCUUGCGUCGCAAACUUGACAAGGCUUAAUCGGGAUCUCCCUAUUCCCACCUCCUUCCUCUUGCACUGCCCCCUUCCGAUCACCUUCCCUCAAGUCUCAUGGCAUUUUGGAGCUGCACAUAGCCAUCUUGUCGGACUUGAACCGGUUAGUGAUUCCCUCGGUGCUUUACUUCGUGUCCGUCCUUGUGGCUCCCACGGUAUAUUCAUAUUCUUGAAUAUUGCACGUCUCCUAUGCAUUGUCCACUCUAUAGACAGUAUCAUUUACAUAGCUAUUUUUUAUAUCACUUUGUUUGAUCGUUGAAGAUGGACAUAUAGCUCUGUAUUUUUAAUGUGAUUAUUCGACGCAAAGCUCUGAUUGCGCCCUGUACUACUAGAUACAAUGUAACUCAGUCAACGGUUACACCGAUUGCAGCAUAAGAAAA